AUGAAAAUCAUAAGUUGGAACUGCCGGGGACUCGGGAAUGGCCCGGCAGUUCGUUCUCUUCUUGAGCUAGGAAGAGUGGAGGUUCCCGAUGUUUUGUUCCUGUGUGAAACACGAUUGACAGAAAAGAAGUUGGGGCGGUUCAGGUGGUCGUUGGGGCUCGCCAACAUGGUAGCUUGGAAGGAUGAAAGUAGUGGGAGGGGUGUAGCUUUGUUUUGGAGAAGGGGUUUGGAUGUUUCUCUGAGGUCGUAUGGACGGAGGCAUGUGGAUGUGGAUAUAGUACGGGAGGAUGGUAUGAUUUGGCGUCUGACGGGGGUUUAUGGAGAGUCGGCGAUGGAGAGGAAGAAGGAGACGUGGAAGUUAAUGCGCAUCUUGAAACAACAACACCAAAAUGGUCGGCCGUGGCUAUGUCUUGGUGACUUCAAUGAAGUCCUCACAAGCAGUGAGAAGCUAGGAGGUGCUGAUCGUCCGCAACACUAUCUGGAUGAUUUUCGGCAAGCACUGGACGCCUGUGAGCUGAGGGAUAUAGGGUUUGAAGGCGAUAUGUAUACCUGGAGAAAUCACAGCAGGGAAUUGCGGACAUAUAUCUGUGAGAGGCUGGAUCGGGCCACUGCAAACAAUGAAUGGUGUGGUGCUUUUCCAAACCAUAUAGUUGUGAACGGUGAACCAAGACACUCGGAUCACAGACCUGUGGUCGUGCACCUAGAUGGCAAGGACCGAAGUUGGAAGAGGAGUGAUUGCAGUUUCAGAUUUGAAGCUCGUUGGUUGCGGGAGGAGGGGUGCGAAGAGAUCAUACGGAAUGCGUGGGAUAAGAGCAGUGUGGAAGGGGGUAGAAAUGUCAGAAGUGGCUUGCAGAGUGUAGCUAGGGAUAUGACUCCAGCCAUGGGUAAGGAGAAGACUCACAUCAACAUCGUGGUCAUUGGCCAUGUCGACUCUGGCAAGUCGACAACCACUGGCCAUCUGAUCUACAAGCUUGGAGGUAUUGACAAGCGUGUGAUCGAGAGGUUUGAGAAGGAAGCCGCUGAGAUGAACAAGAGGUCUUUCAAGUACGCCUGGGUGCUUGACAAGCUGAAGGCCGAGCGUGAGAGGGGUAUCACCAUUGAUAUUGCCCUGUGGAAGUUCGAGACCACCAAGUACUACUGCACCGUCAUUGAUGCCCCUGGUCACCGUGACUUCAUCAAGAACAUGAUUACUGGUACCUCCCAGGCUGACUGUGCUGUGCUCAUCAUUGACUCCACCACUGGUGGUUUUGAGGCUGGUAUCUCCAAGGAUGGCCAGACCCGUGAGCACGCCCUCCUUGCUUUCACCCUUGGAGUGAAGCAGAUGAUCUGCUGCUGCAACAAGAUGGACGCCACCACUCCCAAGUACUCAAAGGCCCGUUAUGAGGAAAUUGUCAAGGAAGUCUCUUCGUACCUGAAGAAGGUCGGCUACAACCCUGACAAGGUUCCCUUCGUUCCCAUCUCUGGGUUUGAGGGUGACAACAUGAUUGAGAGGUCCACCAACCUUGACUGGUACAAGGGCCCUACCCUUCUUGAGGCUCUUGACCAGAUCAAUGAGCCCAAGAGGCCCUCAGACAAGCCCCUGCGUCUUCCCCUUCAGGAUGUUUACAAGAUUGGUGGCAUUGGAACUGUGCCUGUUGGCCGUGUUGAGACUGGUGUCAUCAAGCCUGGUAUGGUUGUUACCUUUGGUCCCACUGGUCUGACAACUGAGGUUAAGUCUGUUGAGAUGCACCAUGAGUCUCUCCUGGAGGCGCUUCCUGGUGACAACGUUGGCUUCAACGUCAAGAACGUUGCUGUGAAGGAUCUGAAGCGUGGGUUUGUUGCAUCCAACUCCAAGGAUGACCCUGCCAAGGAGGCGGCCAACUUCACCUCCCAGGUCAUCAUCAUGAACCACCCUGGUCAGAUCGGCAAUGGCUACGCCCCAGUGCUGGACUGCCACACCUCCCACAUUGCUGUCAAGUUUGCUGAGCUGGUGACCAAGAUCGACAGGCGAUCUGGUAAGGAGCUGGAGGCGCUGCCCAAGUUCCUGAAGAACGGUGACGCUGGUAUCGUCAAGAUGAUUCCCACCAAGCCCAUGGUUGUGGAGACCUUCGCCACCUACCCUCCUCUUGGCCGCUUCGCUGUGCGUGACAUGAGACAAACGGUUGCUGUUGGUGUCAUCAAGGGCGUGGAGAAGAAGGACCCCACCGGCGCCAAGGUUACCAAGGCUGCCAUCAAGAAGAAAUAGGCGUGCUAUCUAGCAGAAUGUUUUUGUUCACGGUCAUUGCUUUUGUUGCUUCAGACUCUUAUCCCGAGCGAGCAAUGAUCUGUCUGUCGUUUAAUUACUGUAUUUCUAUUCCUGCGUCGGCUAAACUCCUGUGCCCCUGAGACUGAUUUGUUGUGAAAUGCAAGUUAUUAGAUUGCAACU